AUGAUAUUCAGUGUGAAAAGAGUUAUUGCUAUUCACAGUUGUAAAGGUGGAGUCGGGAAGUCCACUAUCGCAGCCUCUCUUGGUCUACAUUUAGCUUCCAAGGACUUUAAAAUCGGACUUUGCGACCUAGACAUCUGUGGGCCAAGUCUUUCUGAACUUUUGUCAGUAGACAAAACUCCAGUUUGCUGGUCAAGUCAUAAAGGUGUCGAAAAAAAUGCAAGGAUCGAAUACGAUGCGAAUACAGAUGAUAUGGACAUUUUUUCGACUACAGAUACUACAAAAUGUGAAUGUAAUAUAGAUUCUAAAUCCAAAAAUGUACAAGAUACCACCAAAAUAGACAUGCCAAGCUGCGAAUGUAGCCAUGAGGAAUCUACGCAAAUGGCAUCAGAUUCUACAAACGGUAGUGGAAUACAACUUUUAGAACCAAAAACUGUCUACGGUAUGAGAAUAAUGUCAUCAGAGUUCCUCCUUUCCAAAGGGAAUCCGGGAUAUUCUGCUUAUAGAGGACCAAUUAUAGAUCAGUUGUGUUAUGAAAUGGUCUAUAGAACGAAUUGGGGUAACCUAGACUUCUUGGUAUUAGACCUACCACCUGGAACUAGUGAUGUGAUUAUAAGCCUAGUGGAAAACAUAACCAUAAGCGGGGCUAUAAUAGUGACAACUCCGCAUGUACUUAGUUAUAAUGAUGUGAUAAGGGGAUUGAGAUUAUUCAGAGAUUUGGAUAUUCCAAUUCUGAGUAUGGUGGAAAAUAUGUCAUUUUACAAGUGUGAUUCGUGCUCCUCUGAAAAGUAUAUUUUUGGGAAAUCAAAAGUGGAGGCUAUUUGUAAAGAAAAUAUGAUCGAUAACUUUGUAAAAAUUCCUCUAAUUGGUACUCCAGAUUUGGAAAAGGUAGCAGAUGAACCUAUGGACCCUGUAACUACAAAUGCUACCUAUACACCGUCGCUCAAAAAUAUUCAAAUGAUUAAUGACUAUCACGACUACGCUUCCGUUCAAAAAGCUUUUGAUAAAAUCGUUGACCACCUCAAAAAUACAGCCUCUUUUAUUUACAAAACAAACUACCAAUUGAACAGGAAAAACUUAACCGAUCCUAAUUUGUCAUGUAAGGUUCGGGAGGAUUUGACUGGUAGACUGUAA